AUGGGCAGGCAGCCCCCGGCUCUGGCCGGGGCUGGUCCCUGUGCAGGCCCGCGCUCCCUGCCAGACGGCCUGAGAGAAGGGUCCUCAGGAAGCCGGUUAGCUGUUCAGACUUUCUGUACCUGCCUGUUUGCUGGGCGUCUGCCUCCCCACCUUCGAGCCUGCUCCGGGGCCCAGAGCCGCUUCCUUUCCUCCAUCUCCCUUCUCUCCUUUCCCUGCAUCAGCUGCCUUGGGGUGGCUGCUCCGGGGGAGCGGUUCCAGACACCCCCUCCUCUCCCGGGGGGCGGGGCGUCGGGGACCCAGCUGUCUCUGCCCACCCACAAGGCCAUCUCUCCUCUGGGUCUGGGUCUCGAGGGACAGUUUCCUGCCUGGAAAGCCAACAGCUGGAAGAGGGUGGAGCUGGGGGUGUGGGGGGAAGACUCGGCCGGGAUGGGGCCCCCAGUCCUGUGUGCGGUCCUCCUGUGGCUCCCAGGCUUCCUGGCCAAGGAAGACAAGUGCCACUCCCUGGGAGUCCGCUCGGGGAGAGUGGAGGGCAGAAGGUGUUGGGAGACUCUGACCCAGCCCUUCUCCCCAGGACCACCUCUGAGGGUGAAUGUCAGCGUCCAGGGGAGGCCCGCCAGCCACGCCCUCCGCCUCAGCCGCCUGACCCCCCUUGGCUCCCCGGAGGAGCAGCCACUCUGGGCCCACACCAAUGCGUCCAGCUUUGAGUUCCAGGACCUGGUGCCGGGAAGUCGCCACCAGCUGGAGGUGACAGCCCUGCGCCCCUGCGGGCAGAACACCACUGUCAUCCGCACUGCCCACACAGCCCUGUUGACUGUCCAGGACCUGCAACUCCGUAGCUCUGGGAGCCCGUCCCACCUGGAGGCCUUGUGGGGCGCUGCCCCCGGGGGUCAGAAUGGCUACCAGAUUCUCCUCUACCACCUGGAGUCCCAGACAUUGGCUCACAAUGUCUCCGCGUCCCCGGGCACCCUGUCCGACAAUUUUAGUGACCUCUUACCCGGCAGCGAGUACGUUCUGGAGGUUCCCACCUGGGCUGCCGACCUCCAAGCGAAGACCAGCAUCCAUCAGUGGACAGCGCCUGUGCCUCCAGCUCAGCCGGCGCUGCGUGCCGCGGGUGCCAGUGCCCUGCAGGCCUCCUGGAAUGGCUCUGGGGGUGCUGCCUGGCUGCGCCUCGUGCUCACAGACCUCCUCGGCGGCUCCAACCUGACGGCGGGGGUCACAGGGGGCAUCUCCAGUCACACCUUCCCUCGUCUCUCCCCGGGAACCCCCUACGAGCUGACACUCCGCGCUGUUGCCGGGCCCCAUCUGGUGGUGGGGCCCGAUGCCACCGAGUGGACCCAUCCCUCAGUCCCCCUGGACCUGGUGCUUGCUCCCCGGCCCCCAGAGUUCUGGGCCACCUGGAAGGCAGGGCCGGGGGCCCGGGAUGGCUACCUGCUCAGGCUCAGUGGGCCGGUGGAGAAGACCAUCACUCUGGGCCCUGGGGCCCUUAAUGCCACGUUCCCAGGGCCCCUGCCCGCUGGGCACUACGCUCUAGAGCUGAGGGUUCUGGCCGGGCCCUAUGACGCCUGGACCCAGGCCAGUGCCUGGCUGGAUGAUGCUGCAGCCCAGAGCCGGAAAGGCAAUGGUACCGAGCUGCCCCUGGACGGGCUGGAGGCCAGCAGGGAGCCUGGGAGCCAGGUACUGCCCUACCCCGAGGGAGCCCCCAGCCUCCUCAGAAACAUCGCUGGGCCCCUGGGCAACGCCACCCUGAGCCCCCCAAGUCACACAGGGCCCCUGGCACCACAGUCACUGGAGGUCAUCGGCAGGGGCAGCCCCUCUGACUUGACCGUUGGCUGGGCCUCAGCACCAGGGCAGCGGGAAGGCUACAGGGUGAGCUGGCGCCAAGAGGGCGGCCAGAGUUCGCUGGGCAGUCUUGUCGACUUGGGCCCCGAUAAUUCCAGCCUGAUGCUGAGGGGCCUAGUGCCCGGCUCCUGCUACGCCAUGUCGGUGUGGACAUGGGCAGGGAACCUCAGCUGCAGCAUCCAGAGGGUCAGUGCCUGCACCCUCCCUGCGCCUCCCGCCAACCUGAGCCUGGGCCUGGCCGCCCAGCCCCCUGCCCUGAGGGCUGUCUGGAGCCCCCCCGUCCGGGGCAGGGACGGCUUCCUCCUGCAGCUGUACCGCCUGAGCCCCCUGGCUCUGGAGGGUGAGGAGACCCUGGCCCCUGAGGCACAGAACUUCUCCUGGGCCCAGCCGGCUCCGGGCACCGAGUUCCUGGCACGGCUGGUCACCCUGCGGGGGCCAGAUGAGAGCAGUGGCACCAGUGCCACAGGCUGGACGCGAGAGUGCCCUCCGCCCCCCCUCGCCCCCCCUCUGGUAAGUGUGACCAGUGAAGGCCCCACCCAGCCCCGGGCAUCCUGGGUCCACGCGCUGGGGGGCUGGGACGGCGACCGGGGGACCCUGUACCAGGCAGGAGUCCGGUGGGCUCAGGCCCCAUGGGGGCCCAUGGACGGUGCCAGUUUCCCGGCUCUGACUCCGGGCACUGAGUACGAGGUGCAGGUGGUCGCACAGGCCAGGCCCCUCCGGCUGGACCUGUGAGUUGGCGCCUCCUGCUCUCCUCCCACAGCCCCACUGGCUCCCAUUGAGCUGCCGGUGUCCAUGCAGGCAGGGAGUGCUGUGGUCAGCCUGGCCCGGGCCAGCGGCCGCCUGGGGCACGGCGUGUGCCGCGCACCGCUCUCAGAGGCCGGGCCCCUGUCCUGGGAGCAGCCCCUGGCGCUGGGCCAAGCCCACCUGGUCCUGAGGGACCUCACACCUGGACGCAACCUCUCCCUGUCCGUGCUGUGCCAGGCGGGGCCGCUCCAGGCCUCCACGCACCCCGUGCUGCUGCCCGUGGAGCCCGACCCCGUGGAGGACGUGUGGUGCCAGCCCGAGGCCACCCGCCUGGCCCUGGCCUGGAUGGUGCCCAAGGGGGACGUGGACACCUGUCUGGUGGUGGCGGAGCAGCUGGCAGCAGGAGGGGACGCCCACCUCGUCUUCUAGGCCAACACCUCCGGGGAUGCCCUCCUGCUGUCCCGCCUGGAGCCCGCCACGUCCUACCGCCUCAGCCUCUCCGUGCGGGGCAGGAACGGCCUGUGGAGCCAGGCGGUCACCGUGGUGUGCGCCACUGCUGCCGAGGCCUGGCACCCCCCUGCGCUGGCCGUGGCCCCCCAGCUGGAGCCUGAGAUGGAGUUGGGCGUGCUGAUCGCCCAGGGCAUGUUUGGCGAGGAUGACAGGCAGAUCCAGUGGUAUGGCGUCAUCGCCACCGCUAACAUGACUCUGCCACGGCCUCCCCGUGAAGCCAUCAACCACACCUGGUACGACCACUACUACGGGGGACGCGACUCGUACCUGGCCGUCCUGCUCCCCAACCCCUUCUACCCGGGGCCCUGGGCCGUGCCGACGUCCUGGAUGGUGCCUGUGGGAACAGAGGACUGCGGCCAGAGCCAGGACAUUUGUAGUGGACAGCUCAAGCCGGGUUCCCACUAUCGGUUCAGUGUUGUGGUCUUUACCAGGUACAGCCCUGAGACCCUCAUCUCCUUCUCAGCCUUCUCAGAGCCCCGGGCCAGCGUGCCCCGGGCGGCCGUGCCCCUCCCAGCAGCGGUGGGUGUCGCGGCGGGCGGUGUCCUUGCGCUUGGCGCCUUGCUGGGCCUGCUGUGCUGGAGGCGAGUGCAGGGGCAGAGGUCAGAGAAGAACCUGUGCUCCCAGGAGCUGGCGGCUUACAACCUGUGGACCCACCAGCCCAUCCCUGCCCACAGCUUCCGACAGGGCUACGAGGCCAAGAGUACCCGUGCCCACCAGGCUUUCUUUCAGGCAUUCGAGGAGCUGAAGGAGGUGGGCGAGGAGCAGCCUAGGCUGGAGGCCGAGCACCCUGCCGACACCGCCGAGAACCGCUACCCUCACGUGCUGCCCUAUGACCACUCCCGGGUCAGGCUGACCCCGCUGGACGGAGAGCCUCACUCCGAUUACGUCAAUGCCAGCGUCAUCCUGGGCUACACCCGCCCGCAGGAGUUCAUCACCACCCAGGGGCCUCUAAAGAAGACCCUGGAGGACUUCUGGCGGCUGGUGUGGGAGCAGCAGGUCCGGGUCGUCGUCAUGCUGACCGUGGACAUGGAGAACGGGCGGGUGAUGCUAUGUGAGCACUACUGGCCAGCUGACUCCACCCCUGUCACCCACGGUCACAUCACCGUCCACCUCCUGGCCAAGGAGCCCGAGGGCGAGUGGACCACGCGGGACUUCCAGCUGCAGCACGCUGCCCAGCAACCGCAGCGGCCAGUGAAGCAGCUGCAGUCCACCACCCGGCCAGACCACGGCGUCCCCGAGACCCCCAACUCCCUGCUGGCCUUUGUGGACCCGGUUCGGGAGCAGGCGCGGGCCGCCCCAGGCGCAGGGCCCAUCCUGGUGCAUGCAGGCGAGGCAGGCGGCGGCGCAGGCGUGGGCCGCUCGGGCAGCUUUGUGGCCCUGUCAAGGCUGCUGCAGCAGCCGGAGGAGGAGGAAACAGUGGACGUGUUCCACACGGUGUGCUCGCUGAGCCUGCACCGGCCCCUCACGAUCCAGACCCCCCAGUACAUCUUCCUGCACGGCUGCCUCCUGAGCAGGGUCCUGGAAGGGGCCCCGGCACCUCUGAGUACGCCGCAGCCCAUCCGUGUGAGGAGCUUCGCCCGGGCGUGCUCUGAGCGGGCGGCCGAUGGCAAUGCUGGCUUCCUGGGGGAGCACGAGCUCCCGCUCCAGGCCCUCAAGGACCAGGCGGGCUCUGCGAUGCCCUCUCCCGGCCGUGGGCAGGACAGCAUGGCCUCCCAUGAGUACGGCUGUUGUCACGAGCGGUCCCCUCCGGCGGAGGAUGGCCCUGCUGCAGAGAUGCCCGAAGCCUGGCUCUUCCCCGGCGGGCCCUCUGGCCGCGAUCACGUCACGCUGACGGGGUCCGCAGAAAUCUGGGAGCUGGUGUGGGAGCACGGGGCUCGCGUGCUGGUCUCCCUGUGCCUGCCAGACUCCCGGGAGAAGCCACAGGAGUUCUGGCCCACGGAGUUACAGCCCGUCGCCACGGAUGCGGAGACCGUGCGCUGGGUGGCUGAGAGCAGCGCUGCAGGCUGGCCCUGCACCCUCCUCAGUGUCACACGUAGGAGGAGCAGGAAGGAGAGGCCGGUGCAGAGGCUGCAGUUUCCGUGCGGGGAGCCGGGGCAGGAGCUCCCCACCAUUACCCUGCUGCGCCUCCCGGCUGCCGUGGGCCAGUGCUGCUCCCGGGGCAUGCAGAAGCCAGGCACGCUGCUCAGCCACUGCAGCAAGGGUAUGGCCCAGCUGGGCACCUUCCUGGCCAUGGACCAGCUGCUGCAGCAGGUCGUGGGCGUCGUCACCGUGGCCUUGCAGCAGUCACAGGCCUGUGGGCUCAUGACCCCAACGCUGGAGCAGUUCAUCCACCUCUACAACUGUCUCAACAGUGCGCUUGUGGACGGGCUGGCUUGCGUUGGUCCCGGCGGCCGCCCCGCAGGCCCACUCAGGCCUGGCUCCCCUGGAGGGCAGCCUGCACGCCUGCCGGGCCCCGUGCUGAGAGGGGGCCGAGUCGGGGAAUAG